UGUUUUGUGUUAAUAAAAAGGGAAACAUGAGACUUUUUUAAUGUAAACAUUUUAUACAGUGUAUGGGUACAUUGGAAAUGACAGAAAAGAAGGCGGAGAUGCCAAUUUUAUAGAAAAAUAUUUAAUGUGGUGAUCAUUAGUUAUCAACAUAGCUGUUACACGUAACCACCCACUUGUGGGCGGGGUCCUACGAGCUGUUUUCUUAGGUAGCCUGCUAAAAUGCCCGAACUCAAAACACUUCUUUUUCCAAGAUGGCGUCGAUGAAGGACAGCGACACUGGCCUGUGGCUUCACAACAAACUAGGAUCAACAGACGAGCUGUGGACACCUCCGAGUAUUGCUUCCCUGCUCACAGUGUCAGUAAUCGACAAUAUACGGCUAUGCUUUUCCAGUCUGUCGCCGCCGGUAAAGCUAAAACUGCUCCUGGGGAUGCUGCAUCUUCCCCGGCGGACCGUUGACGAGAUGAAGGAGGCCUUGUCUGAGAUCAUCCAGCUGGCUACGGUGGAUUCAGAGCCAUGGGUGUUGAUGGUUGCAGAUAUUCUAAAAUCCUUCCCAGAGACGGGAUCUCUCAAUCUGGAUUUAGAGGAGCAGAAUCCAAAUGUGCAGGAUAUUUUAGGAGAGCUCAGGGAGAAAGUGAGCGAGUGCGAGGCGUCGGCCAUGCUUCCCCUAGAAUGCCAGUACUUGAACAAGAGUGCCUUGACCACUCUGGUGGGACCCCUGACGCCUCCCGUUAAGCAUUUCCAGCUCAAGAGGAAGCCCAAGAGUGCAACUCUCAGAGCAGAGCUGCUGCAGAAAUCUACAGAGACAGCCCAGCAGCUGAAGAAGACAGCCGGAGUGCCUUUUCACGCCAAAGGGAGGGGAUUGGUUAAAAAGAUUGACACGACGACCCCCCUCAAAGGGAUCCCUAAAGCCCCAUUUCGCAGCCCAACUGCCCCGAGUAUGUUUAGCCCACCCAGUAACCGCACCCCUAUUGCUCCUGCACGGACACCCCUACGCAAAGAGAGGGGCGUCAAGCUUUUAGAUAUUUCUGAGCUGGAUAUGGUUGGAGCUGGACGAGAGGCGAAGAGGAGAAGGAAGACUCUGGAAACAGAAGCUGCAGAGAAACCAGCCAAAGAAGAGGCUGUGGUGGAGAACACCACUCCAGACUAUGCUGCAGGUCUUGUUUCUGCACAGAAACUGGUGUCCCUGAACGAGAACCCUCUACCAUCAACCAGCUAUCUGCCUGCGACACCCAGCAUGGUUCCCUCCUCCUCCUACAUUCCCAGCUCAGAGGCACAGCCAGCAAAUGCUGGUGGGUCCAAUCGAGACCCGCUGCAGGCUGCCCGCCAGCCUGAAGAGUCAGCAGCUGUGGUUGUGGGUGCGACCGCUAAUUUGCAGAGUCAGUACAAGCAGAGGACACCCAUGUACAACGCAGGCACCACCGUGAACCCUGCAACCCCAGCAUCCCCCAGCACACCGGCCUCCACCCCAGCAAGCAACGGAGCCCCUGCCAUCGCCAGCCAGCCGGAGACCCCCACACAGCCUCCCAGCACGCCACAGACCCCAACCCCGACAGCAGCCCCCACGCCAGCACAAUCCCAGCCCAAGAAGAACCUUUCGCUUACGAGGGACCAGAUGUAUGCGGCCCAGGAAAUGUUCAAGACAGCAAACAAGGUCACCAGACCAGAGAAAGCGCUCAUCCUCGGCUUCAUGGCCGGAUCCAGAGAGAACCCGUGCCCGGAGCAGGGAGACAUCAUCCAGAUCAAGUUGAGCGAGCACACGGAGGUUUUGCCCAAAGCCGACGGCACCGGCAGCACCACCAUGCUGGUGGACACCGUCUUCGAAAUGAACUAUUCUACAGGACAGUGGACACGACUCAAAAAAUACAAACCCAUCACCAAUACCUCAUGAGACCUCAAAUAUGUUCAAGAAAACAAAUCCCACAUUUCCUGGACAACAAAACCUGUUUACACAGCAUUCACACACGUUUGGGUCAGUUCAAGAGAUGGGAGGGUGUCUGUCAAGGAGAGAACGUUCCUCCAUUUGACAAAAAGCAGGACACUGAAGUUUUUAGUUUUUAUUCACUUAUACAUUUCUGUUUUUAAGUUUUCUGAAUGUUCCCCCAGUCAGAAGAGGUGGUGGAGUUCCUCGUAAACAGCCAGCACCGUUCACACGUGUGCCAAGGUACGGACACGCUCAGUGCUGCUUCAGGCCAGAGGAAAGGCUGCACAAAAAAAGACUUUUGCAGCCAUCUCUGUUAUCCUCUCUGCCAAAAUAGAAGAUCUACUGUCAUUAGAUGUCACUGCAAAAACUGUGGACGCAUUACAGUAAACAUGAAUCAUUUUUCAUUAUUCAAAAGAAGGGACGAAAUAAAGUGAUGGAAUAUUCCAGGGGG